AAACAAAAAUCGUAUAUAAAGACAUCUCCAACAGUCAGCGGGCAGCAGUCGUUUAUCGUUUUUAUCUCAAGACACAUUGUGAGAAAUUACCCAAGAAAGUUCAAAAUGAAGUUUUUAAUCAUGGCAAUUUUAGUGACCGUUUUGGCAAUGGCAUUCGUAGCAGCCGUUCCUGUUGAUGAAACUGUAGUCGGUGACCUGUACGAACCAUCCGAGACAUACAAUCCACAAGAUCCAAAUUCAUUCUUCAAAUUGAAGAAACUCAAGAAACUCUUGUUCUUGGGUUAAAUGCUUACACUUGAGCUAAUACAGAAAAGAAGAAAUUAAAAUGCCAAAUUUUUUAUAAAUAAUUUAAAAAAAAAAAAGAACAAAACGCCAACAUACACAUUUGCUGUAAACGCAAUGUUUGUCUUGUAUUUAUCCACUUGCAUGUAAACGAAAAAUUAAUUUGAAAAAUAAAAUUUCAUUAUUUAAAACCUUUC